UAUUUCUGCAGCCUCUUCCUCCUCGCUCAACGCGACUUUACUCUCUACAUUAACACUUGCAACCAUUCCUCCUGUUUCUCUGUGUGUGCGAGCCUCUGUUACUUGCCUCUAAUCACCUUGAGAUCCUGUCACACAUCAGUACAAAUGGCUGCCCAGCUUACUCCCUCGAAGCAGGCCGUGUCGUCCCUCGAGAACCUGAAGAUGAGCGACUCGCCCGUGAAGAAGCUCAAUUUCGAGGCAGUGGGCAAGGAAAACGCGCCCGUGUCGACUCCCAUCGUUGACGCGACGGCUACCAAGACCAUGGCUGAGAAGCCUGUCGAGGCUCCCAAGGUUGCUCCUGGCAUCAAGACGCUAGAGGCCGAUGAGCCUCUUCUUCAGGAGAACCCCCAUCGCUUCGUUCUCUUCCCCAUCAAGUACCACGAGAUCUGGCAGAUGUACAAGAAGGCCGAGGCGUCUUUCUGGACUGCUGAGGAAAUUGAUCUGUCCAAAGACCUCCACGACUGGAAUAACCGCCUCAACGACGAUGAGCGUUACUUCAUUUCCCAUGUCCUUGCCUUCUUCGCUGCCUCCGACGGUAUUGUCAACGAGAACCUGGUGGAGCGCUUCAGCGGCGAGGUUCAGGUCCCAGAGGCCCGUUGCUUCUACGGCUUCCAGAUCAUGAUGGAGAACAUCCACUCUGAGACCUACUCCCUGCUCAUCGACACCUACAUCAAGGAGCCUAAGCAGCGCACCUACCUCUUCGAUGCCAUCGAUACCAUCCCUUGCAUCGCCAAGAAGGCCGAAUGGGCCAUCCGCUGGAUUCAAGAUAAGGAGUCCACCUUUGCCCAGCGUCUGGUUGCCUUUGCCGCCGUUGAGGGUAUCUUCUUUUCGGGCUCUUUCGCCUCUAUCUUCUGGUUGAAGAAGCGCGGCCUGAUGCCCGGCUUGACUUUCUCCAACGAGCUCAUCUCCCGUGACGAGGGUCUGCACACCGACUUCGCCUGCCUACUGUUCUCUCACCUCAACAACCGCCCCUCCCCCCAGGUCGUUGAGGACAUUAUUGUUGAGGCUGUUGGCAUUGAGCAGGAGUUCCUCACUGAUGCUCUCCCCUGUGCCCUUCUGGGAAUGAACUCCAAACUUAUGCGCCAGUACAUCGAGUUCGUCGCUGACCGUCUCCUGGUGGCUCUCGGCAACAAGAAGUACUACAACGCGACCAACCCCUUCGAUUUCAUGGAGUCUAUCUCCUUGGCUGGCAAGACCAACUUCUUCGAGAAGCGCGUCGGUGACUACCAGAAGGCCGGUGUCAUGGCCAGCACCAAGAAGGAAGCCAAAGAGGGUGAAGAGCCGAAAGCUAACAACGGCCUCAGCUUCGACGAGGACUUUUAGAGAUGUCUCUUCGCCCUUGGUCUUUUAUCACUGCAUAUAUUAUUGAUACUCCCCCCUGUCUUGUUUGUUGCCCCUUUUUGAAUUUUUUAUAUUGAUGACCUCAAGUGUUACGCAUGGGUAUGGAGUUUUAAUGGGUUGUUUUC